UUACAUUCUAUGUUUUCGUAAUAGUUUUAACCUAUUUUGUUGUUCACUUUUCGAAGUCGUGCUUUCGAGAAAAAAAUCGGGAAUAAAGUUGCACCUUAGAUAAAACUAUUCGAAUUAUCAUUUGCAAAUGUAACAUAGUUUAGAUGUGCACAAUGGAUUUUAUGUUUGAAAUGCAUGAUCCAUUGAACCCACCACCAGAGGAGGAGUGUGAGGAACAAAAUCAGUCGUCUUCUGAAGAUGACUUUGUUGUUGAUGAGGAUGCUGAAAUCAAUGAAUACCCCGAUUUGCACCCCAUUGAUAAUUAUGAACAAGGUCCAGAUGUGGAAAAAUGCCAACUCGAUUCCAGAUUAGCGGAAGAGAGUGGCAUGAAGAAGGCUGGACCAGAGGAUUUCUCGAUAAAGAAAAUGCUAGGCAAAGGAGGUUAUGGCAAAGUGUUUCAAGUGGAAAAAAUGACUGGUUACGAUGCUGGUAGCAUCAUGGCCAUGAAGGUACUCCGUAAGGCCGCCAUAUUCCGUAACCGGAAAGAUGCCAUUCACACAAGAGCCGAAAGAAACAUCCUCGUAGAGAUUAAGCAUCCCUUUAUAGUAGAACUAAAAUAUGCCUUUCAAACAAAUGGUAAGCUGUAUCUGAUUCUGGAAUAUUUACCCGGUGGUGAGCUAUUUACACAACUCGAAGCUGAAGGAAUCAUAGUUGAAGACCAUGCUGUGUUUUAUUUAGCCGAAAUUAUCUUAGCCAUUGAACAUUUACACAGUAAAGAAAUAAUAUAUCGAGAUUUGAAACCCGAAAAUGUGAUGCUCGAUGGUCAGGGACAUGUUAAAUUGACAGAUUUCGGUCUUUGCAAGGAACAUGUCGAGCCUACAGAAUUAACCCACACAUUCUGCGGAACUAUAGAGUACAUGGCCCCUGAAAUCUUAUUGAGAAGUGGCCAUGGAAAAGCAGUAGACUGGUGGUCUUUAGGAGCUAUGUUUUUGGAUAUGUUGACCGGAUCGCCUCCAUUUACUUCAGAAAAUCGUAAAUGUACAAUAGAAAAAAUUUUGAGGAACAAGGCGAAAAUUCCUCAUUAUUUGACACCAAACGCAAGGGAUUUGAUUAGGAGGCUGUUGAAACGUCAAGUUUCUGCUAGGUUAGGUGCAGGCCCAGAAGGAGCCGAAGAGAUUAAGCAGCAUCCUUACUUCAAGGGCAUCGAUUGGAAUGAUGUGUAUAAUAAGAGAUAUAAACCUCCUUUUGUACCUACUCUUAAAAACUCUAAAGAUACAUCAAUGUUUGAUUCCAAAUUCACCUGUAUGACUCCAGUAGAUUCACCCGUCGAACCGGUGCAUGGUACAGAGAGUUUCAGGGAUAUCUUCCAGGGAUUUUCCUACGUGGACCCUACUCCAAUAGCUAUUAGACAUUACGAAGACAAUAACCCUCGUAGAAGAAUCAAUAGAAGAUCAAAUGAUGGGUGCGAUUUAGAAUUUGGAUCUCAACAUUCGGUGAGUGCAAGUGCUCGCAUAGACAUACCGAAUGGAGGGAGGAGGCAUCAUUUGGUCCAUCGAAUUUCCAGGAGAGGAUAUCGCGAGGAAGCAGAUGAUGUACUGAUGGAUUACGCAGGAGCUCCGAGUCUAAAAAGAAAUUUAUAAACUUUUCAAAUUUAGACCUUUCAAGAGAUUGUUGAGCCAGCAGAAGGGGUUAUAUUUGGUCCCGUCAAGGAAGGCUUUGGUACAUUUGAACUACUGACGUUGCACUCGUUCCGUUCAACCAACCGAUUCAUGCAUUUUGAUGAUCUAUUGUCUUCUAGAGUGCUUUUUUCAUUUGUUCGGUUCUCGUCAACAUUGUUCAAGGAUAAAGUGAAUUUUUUUUUAUCGAUCAAUGCUUUCCUUGUUUGGUAUUAAUUUGUAAGCCCUGUAGGGUAAUUGAUUGACGCUCUUAGGUAGGUUUAGUUCAAUUUUGUCUUCAUUUUAUUUCGUUUGUUACCAUUUAAAAGUUGAUAAAACAUGUUUGGCCUCAUCGGAUUUGUUUGGUUUGAUUUUAAAAUUCACACAUCAUAUUGAUUUAUUUUUAUUCGUGUAAGAUCUUAAGUCGUAUGAAUUUAUUCAUAUUUUAUCAAUUUUUUAGUGAUGUCAUUUCAUUGUAGUCAGGGUUUCAGUAUAUGAUAUAAUCGAUUUUCCAGAAUACAAAACAGGCAUCGGUAAGUACAGAAAAUUCGUUUUUCCCAGUUUUUAUUGAGAAGAACGAUUUUAAAUCAAUUUACACUCGAUUUGUUUAAUUUUUAAAAAAUUCUUAUCAUCAUUUUAACCUCAGGUUUCGUUUAAUAUGUAAAAGUGUGUAUUUUAUUUGAUUAAUUGCCUGUUUUGUGGUCUUUGCAUUUGAAAUUAAGUAUUGUGUUUGAUAAUACUCUGUGUAAUUUUUUGAUAUUCGCAUAUAAUUGUCAUUUAUUUAGGGAGCUUUGUAACGCAAAUAUUUUCUCUCGAUCUGUCCACCGUUUCAAUGUAAAUAGUUUCCGAGACUCGUGAAUAUUUAUAAUUGAUCAACUAUUUUAAUUUGUGGGUGGGAGAGACUGAAAAUAGUUGCCUAUACGCUCUGAAUUCAAAUCACUCGCCUUGCACUCUACACAACGAUCGGUUUCUGAGUUUAUUGCAUAGUGUGUCUUCUUUUGUCAUUUCUUUCAGGAACAUCGUGGUCCAAAAAUUGUCUUUGUUUGAUUCGAAAUUAUAUCAAAACUACGUAUUAAAAUGUAAUAGCAAGUGGUCCAAGAUGUUCUUUAGGGCUUAAUUAUCUUAAUUAUUAAUUGAUUCAAGUUUAGAGAUUGAAACUUUGCAACACUUCGGAGCAUUUUAAAUACUGCGUAGAAUUGAUAUUUUAAUUAAUAAUCCAUUUGUUUAAUAUAAUUCAUAAUUUUUUUUUUGAAGGGCUUCCAGUUUAUUGUAUUACUGAAGUAUCGAACUGUGUCUAAAGUGUUGCAAAAGCCUGUCCUUUUUGAUAUUUACUCUUUAUUGAAUGUCCUCAUUUUGAAUUCUUACUCGCAGCCUUUUUUUAUCCUUUAAGAUAUCUAAACUGAAAUCCUUUUUCUGCCUUUGUGAAAGAAAAGUCAAAUAACGGGUUUUAGUAUUGAUGCUUCAAUAUCAUGUAGGUACUUAAAAUAUGAAUCAUAGCGGAAGAAUCCAGAGUUUUUCAAUAAAAAUUUUCGAAUCGAGCAUGAGGGGUUGUUUUUGUGGAUGCUUUGACAUAACCCCAAUUUUUACCAUGUGCAAGAAAUGUGUUCAUUACUAAUAGUUAUAUUUUUAAGAUAAUAUGUAAACUUUUAUAUAGGAUAAUGUAAUUUGCAUCAAUAUUGUUCGUUAGGCACAAAAGAAGAGUUGGAAUCCUGAAGUAUUUGGGAUUUGUUGUAGUUCGACCUAACAGAUUUUGAAAUUUUUUUUCAGGGAGUUACUUUGAGGCCAUAGUUAUUUUAUUCCACCGAGGACGAUGGUAAAUAUAAAGCGAUUCUCUUUAAUAUGUUUCCAACUCUAAAAUUUAUUAACAACGUUGUUGGGUAACUUCAGCUCUUUCCUCAAUUACUCCGAAUUGAAUUACCCUAAUGUUCGAGAGAUUUUUCAACAGGAGAUGCAAGGUUGGGUACAAUCCAUUUAAAGUUUCAUGUGUCUUUAGGUAAUAAUAUGAAAAUUUAGAUUAUAAUAAUUUAUUUUUCAUUUUUAUUAAAUAAUAUUGAACGAAAUGUUAGUUCAUUAGAAAUUGUAGUUGAAUUAUUUGGAAUAUUGGUUUUAUUUUGUGGCUAAUAUAACUAUUAUGAAUUUUCUUUCCCUUUGGAGUAAUUUAGAAUAUUUUUUUGAUUUCAUCUUAGCAAUAUGCUAAAUUGUUAACAUCUUCAUAAGGAGAAUGGAGGUUGUAUUGAUGAUUUUGCAUAUACAUAUUUUUAAAAUUAUAUUUAAUAAAAUUUUAAUAAAACCUGAAA